CACGUACAACGAGGAUCGACCUCAAUCAAUCAACUGUAGCAGAUUCCUCUCUCUCUCUCUCUCUCUCUCUCUCUCCAUUUCCUUCUUGUGCAUCAUUUCUCCAUUCCAAUUCACACUUGUGCAUCAUUUCGGUCUGCCCCUCACCACGUUCACCCUCCAGACCCAAAAAGCUGACCUAUUCGCUGAGAUUCAGUGCAUUUAAUUCGCCAAAUCUAUUCGUUUUUCCGUUAAUGGCAUAUGAUUUUAUUGUAUGAUUUUAUAACUCCCACCUACUCCUCUGUCCCCACCGCCUUCCCUAUGCCUCCUGUGUAAAAUCCUCUACCUCUGGCUCUGAGUGCAGUGUGAACUCAAGAUUGACCCCUAAAACAAAAAUGCAACGAUUUCUCGUCACUUCCCAUCUGGGUCUCGUCUCAAUCUUCUGAACAAAAGGUUUUUCCUUCUGGGUUUUCAUUUUCUUGGAAAACCCAACUCGAUUUUGGGUUUUCAAAGGGUUUCUUCUGUUUCACUCUGCUCAACUUUGAAGGGUUUCCUCUGUUUCUUGGUUUGAAGAAGAAGAGGAAAGAGGCGGGUUUUUUCUCUUUCCAACUUUGCUUUUUUCUCUUUUUCCCCAGUUUUCUUGGUGGGUCUGAAAAAGGGCACGAUUUGAUGAACUGGGUGGUGGAAUAUUAAAGCCAAAAAUGCGAAUGUUUGGUGGGAGUUCAAAAACUGAGAAGACGGAAGCUUUGCGACUUUGUAAAGCAAGGAAGAAGUUCAUCAAACAAGCGAUUGAUUCAAGGUACGCAUUUGCAGCUGCUCAUGUUUCUUACAGUCAAUCACUCAAAAACAUAGGCAUUGCUCUCCGGCGAUUCGCCGAGGCCGAAGUGCUCGUGGAAUCUUCUCUGUCCACUUCGGCCACUGAAAAUGACAAAACCCCAUCCCAUUCUUCCUACCCAUCACCUUCUCCGUCGUGUAUUCGCGAAUUAUCGGAUUCCCCAUUGCCCACUGGGAGCCCCCUUUCGACUCCGGUUUCGAGGGUGAGUUAUAUGAGAUCAGGAGCUAGUACUAGUGCUGUGACUGUUAGGUUUGAUCCAAGUAAUGGGUAUGUCCAGAAUGGAGAAUCCGUGGGGUUUACGAUGCCGCCUCCCCCACCACCUCCUUUUGGUGAGCCAGGCUCUUGGGAUUACUUCGACCCUAUUGAUGAUUUUGAGAGCUUUAGGUUUGUAGGACAGAAUGAAGUCAAUUUGGAUUUUGAUGAUGUGGGAAUAUAUAGACAGUUUAGUGGAAGAGAAGGUGGUUUAGAUAAUGGACACUCUGAAGGAUCCAUGACCCCUGAAUUAGAACAAAAGGGAGGCACUCCGGCUAACGGGAGUAACCGAGGAACUCCGGUUAACAGAAGUAACCGUUCACUUACAUCCGAAGGAAUUGAAGGCACUGACAGUGAAGUGAUAAAACAAGAGGGUGAACGAAAUGUGAAUGGGUUGCCUGGAGCUCUUGUGGUGAAAACUGCAUUAGAACCGUCUAGUUCAAAAAUGGAUAAGUCUUUGGUGAAGAAAGAUAUUGGUGCGGAAAGAGAGGAUCCUUCAGAGUUCAUCACCCACAGAGCUAAAGAUUUUCUUUCUAGCAUAAAGGACAUUGAGCAUCGAUUCUUUAGAGCAUCAGAAUCUGGAAAGGAGGUCUCCCGGAUGCUUGAAGCUAGCAAAAUCCGGGUUGGAUACUCUGACGCCAAAGGGGGGUCAGCAGUCUCAGACUUUUUGGCAGCUCUGCGACUGACGUGUUGCCGAGGCAAUGCUGUACUUGUUUCACAUGAACCUUCUGAACUUAGGACAAAGGUUAUUACUUGGAAGCGCACGACAUCCUCAAUAUCAUCUUCUUCGAGGAAUCCUCUUGCCUCGGCAUCAAAAGAUGACAAUGAUGAUAGCGGAAGUGAUUUUGCCGAAGAGUUUUGCAUGAUUGCAGGAAGCCACUCCUCCACUCUGGACAGAGUGUAUGCAUGGGAGAGGAAACUCUACGAUGAAGUGAAGGCCAGUGAGUCUAUCAGGAAGGAUUAUGAUCGGAAAUGUGACCAACUCAGGCACCAAUUUGCAAAAGAUCAAAGUGCCCAAGUAAUUGAUAAAACCCGAGCGGUGGUAAAAGAUCUGCACUCAAGAAUUAGGGUGGCUCUUCAUGCUGUUGACUCAAUUUCAAAGCGGAUCGAGAAAAUGAGGGAUGAUGAGCUGCACCCACAACUUGUAGAACUAAUUCAGGGAAUGAUUAGGAUGUGGAAGGCCAUGCUUGAAUGCCAUCACUCACAAUACAUAACAAUCUCAUUAGCAUACCAUGCGAAGAGCUCAACUGGCAUUCCCCAGGGAGAUACCCAGAGGGAGAUCAUGAGUCAGCUCCAGGACGAGAUCGAAUGCUUUGGCCUCAGCUUUGCGAAUUGGAUCAAUAGCCACACAUCGUACGUGGCAGCUCUCAACGGAUGGAUGCAAAACUGCAUUUUACAACCCAGGGAGCGGUCCAAGGGCAGAAGGGCAUUUUCACCUCGUCAAGUUACGGGCCCACCUUUAUUCUUUCUCUGUCAAGAUUGGUCAGCCGGGAUUAAAUUGCUGCCAUCUGAAGAACUUAGUGAUUCCAUCAAAGCCUUACUAAGUGACCUUAGGGACUCAGUUGAGCAACAAGGGAAGGAAAUGCAGAAGACGGAAAGAACAGUGCUUGAUACGAGCAACAAUGAAGAAUCUCUAUGUAAGGACAAUGAGAAUGAGAAGAGUGAUGACAAUAGUUCUUCAAACAUAAGCAGCAUACAUUCCAGUUUAGGGAAGGUUCUUGAUCAAUUGACCAAGUUUUCAGAGGCUUCUUUGAAAAUGUUUGAACAUAUUCGGCAGAAAAGUGUUUCGGCUCGGACUGAGUAUUCGAAGUACAUGCAGCCUAGACCUUGAGGGAUUUGUGUAGUUGAGGAAAUUCGGUUCUUUUCUUACCUUUUGGCCUUUGGUUGGAAAUGGGUAUUUGUAAAUCAGAAGUUGCUGCAUAUUUUUUUGAGAUGAAAUUGUUAGAAUUUGCAGUCUUGCAGAUUUGUCUUUUAUGUUUUAAGUUAUGUCAAGUGAAGGAAAAAGUGGCAGCUGCUUGUUUGAGUA